AUACAGUAGUGUUCAAACUCUUAUGAAGGACAGACUAUAUUUUGUACUCUAUAAAAUUUAAAUUAUUCAAAUAAAAUAAUAUAUUUAUAUAAAAAAUACUCUGAAAUAGUACAUUUUGGUUUAUUUGUUUUUAUAUUGUUGAGGAAUAUUUGCAAAAAAGUGAAAGGAUUUUACGGAAGUGACGUUUUGUUAAUAGUGUUUAAAAGUGCUGUUUAAGGUCAAAUAUAAAGAUACACCAGAAAAUAAAUCAAAAAUGCACGUAAAACCGUUGUUAGCGAUACCCGUGUGUUUAUUUGGUAUCUUCGUGUUCUGGAUAACCGGUUCCAGUGGACUUUUCAUCCCAAACCUGUCAGAGCGUUGCUACAGAUGCCUGUGCUAUGUCUCAACCCUCUGUGACAUGGCUCAUGGCUGCACAGGAGGCUACUGCGGACCCUUCAAUAUCUCGAGGGUCUACUGGGUUGAUGCUGGCAUGAUUACACUGCCUGAUGAUGAUCCGGAGAGGAAUCAUGCCUGGUCGGACUGCGCCAGGAGUUAUCACUGCGCCAAAAGGAUCAUUGAAGGAUAUUUACAGAAGUUCGGAAAGGACUGCAACGGUGAUGGCGUGACGAACUGCUUCGACUACAUGAUGGUGAACGGCAACGGGGGCUAUGGGUGUACGACACCAUUGAACGGCUCAGUCAAUGGGAGACGAUGGCUCAAACGCUAUGAAGAGUGUCGGAUAUAAGACUGAAUGUAUUCUUUACUUCCUAAUAUAUAAAAUAUACAAGUGUCUCGCAAUUAAAUACACUCCAAGUAUACAAAAA